AUGAUGUCUUUACUUACGUACUUUUUCCUUCCCCUCUUUCUUUUUUCUUUGGUUUCUCCUUCCUUUGCAGAGUUCAAAGACCAAAAAGAAGCCUCUCUUUCCGCGAGAGCGCUUUACUCAAAUUCUACCAAAGAUGACGUUUCCACUAUCAAUCUUGAUGUUCCAACUUGUACCUACGACAGUGUCUUGUCUUCUAGUAUCGCUCUUUAUUCUGCAAAGGAAACCGUUACUGCCUCAAGCUAUUGGAGCCUCGUUACAACUACCAUUACCACUACUGCUUAUGAACCAUUCACCUCGCAUCUUCCCUGUGUCGCGGCUACGAAUGUUGUUUCUUCUUUAGCUUCUACUGGCUCACCUGGAAGCCCAGCUUCGUCUACUUCUGUUGUUAGUGGUACUCCUUCAUCAAGCAUAAUCUCCUCAACCACCUCUGGCUCUUCCGGUACUCCUUCCCCAACUACUUCACCUGUGAAUGCUGCAUCUGCUUCCACUUCGAACACUGUGCCUUUAAGCAGUGUGACAAGCCCCAGUUCACUUGCUUCUACACCUGUUGCGUCAACAACCGACUCUUCAAGUGUACCUCCCCCUCAGGCGACUCCUGCUUCAUCCAGCACUGAAAACACCUUGACCUCCGGUACUGCUACCCCAUCAUCGACUUAUUCUUCAAACAUUUCUACCGAUCGCAUAACCAGCGCCUAUACAACUACCGCAACCUCCGUCUCGGCAACUACAACCGGGAAAAGUGAUACAAAAACAAUUAGUCAAACUUUAACACUUGGAACAACAAGUGUUUCGUCAGUGAUACUUAACAACAGUACUCCUAUUUCUGGAUCAUGGCCAUUAACUGGAAACAAGCCUGCUAUUCCAACUUUUGGUACUCCAUCAGGAGCCAACUCUACGCCUCAUUCUAAAUCUAGUGUCCCUUUGACAUCCACAUCGAACACUGUACCUCAUUCUACUAAUGCUACAAGCAAGUCAAGCGUCCCAGCUUCUCCUGUAGUGGAAACUUCCUCUGUUACUUCAAGCAGCUCCCCCUUGACUUCUUCUGCUCCUUCUAACUCUGUUCCAUCGACUAGUGGUAAACCGUCGAGCGGAAGUGCUCAAACUUCUUUCCCUAACUCAGAAAUUGUUUCCAGUCAAGCGUCUACCACUACCUGGGCAUCUACAUACUACAAAACUAUCACUAGUUCUGGAUCCAUCCUUUCUACAACGAUAACCUCAAGUUCAAGCUUUGUUCCCCAUACUCCUACUCCCUCUUGGGUUACUGAGACCAUCACUUCCGGUUCUCAAGGAUUCACUUCCACUGUUGCUACUCCCUCAGGCUCUUCCGCUGGAACUGUUGUGAUUGAUACUCCUAGCCCUAGUCCCUCUUGGGUUACUAAAACCAUCACUUCUGGUUCUCAAGGAUUCACUUCCACCGUUGCUACUCCUUCAGGUUCUUCCGCUGGAACUGUUGUGAUUGACACUCCUAGUGCCACUCCCUCUUGGGUCACUAAGACCAUCACUUCCGGUUCUCAAGGAUUCACUUCCACCGUUGCUACUCCCUCAGGCUCUUCCGCUGGAACUGUUGUGAUUGACACUCCUAGUGCCACUCCCUCUUGGGUCACUAAGACCAUCACUUCCGGUUCUCAAGGAUUCACUUCCACCGUUGCUACUCCUUCAGGUUCUUCCGCUGGAACUGUUGUAAUCGAUACUCCUAGUGCCACUCCCUCUUGGGUCACUAAGACCAUCACUUCCGGUUCUCAAGGAUUCACUUCCACCGUUGCUACUCCCUCAGGCUCUUCCGCUGGAACUGUUGUGAUUGACACUCCUAGUGCCACUCCCUCUUGGGUCACUAAGACCAUCACUUCCGGUUCUCAAGGAUUCACUUCCACCGUUGCUACUCCCUCAGGCUCUUCCGCUGGAACUGUUGUGAUUGACACUCCUAGUGCUACGCCUAACGGUUCUGUUGCCAUUAACACUCCUAGCCCUACUCCCUCUUGGGUUACUGAGACCAUCACUUCCGGUUCCCAAGGAUUCACUUCCACCGUUGCUACUCCCUCAGGCUCUUCCGCUGGAACUGUUGUGAUUGAUACUCCUAGCCCUAGUCCCUCUUGGGUUACUAAGACCAUCACUUCCGGUUCUCAAGGAUUCACUUCCACCGUUGCUACUCCCUCAGGCUCUUCCGCUGGAACUGUUGUGAUUGACACUCCUAGUGCCACUCCCUCUUGGGUCACUAAGACCAUCACUUCCGGUUCUCAAGGAUUCACUUCCACCGUUGCUACUCCUUCAGGUUCUUCCGCUGGAACUGUUGUAAUCGAUACUCCUAGUGCCACUCCCUCUUGGGUCACUAAGACCAUCACUUCCGGUUCUCAAGGAUUCACUUCCACCGUUGCUACUCCCUCAGGCUCUUCCGCUGGAACUGUUGUGAUUGAUACUCCUAGCCCUAGUCCCUCUUGGGUUACUGAGACCAUCACUUCCGGUUCUCAAGGAUUCACUUCCACCGUUGCUACUCCCUCAGGCUCUUCUGCUGGAACUGUUGUGAUUGAUACUCCUAGCCCUACUCCUUCUUGGGUCACUAAGACCAUCACUUCCGGUUCUCAAGGAUUCACCUCUACCAUCGCUACCGCAGAGGGCUCUAAGACUGGUACCGUGUUAAUUGAUGUUCCUACACCUGCCUGGGUGACUACUACGACGACUUCUGGAUCUGCAGGAUUUACCUCGACAGUUGCGACUGCAAGCGGUACCCAAACUGGAACUGUAUUAGUAGAUGUUCCCACUCCCUCAUCUUCCUUCCCUUCAUGCAACAGCCGCUGUAACAAUGAUAAUUCCUUCCGCAUCCAGGUUCUGAAUGACGAUAUUUCUCCUUCAUACGUACAUUUGGAUGAAAACAACUAUGCUAUCGCAUCUUCUAACUAUACAAACAGUGAGCAUACCUUCGUAUAUGAUUCUGACAGUAAAAGAAUUGUAACCUGCUGUAAUGUGAAACCCAUCUACAGAAUGGACAAAGACGACCGGGAAGCAUAUUCUUUGGAAAUCUUCAAGGAUAAUGAUGGACAGUUCCAAUUCAAAUACUCAGACAAUGGUGUCUCCCAUUCUUUGGAACUGUUAACCUUGACGGAUGGCAGAGUCGGUGUGACCACAGACUUACAAAAGUUCAAGCCCUUCUACUCCAAUGGCACUGAAAUGGAACGUUCAGAGAACGUCGUAUUAAGAGCGGUCAACUAUUAA